UUUCCCCUCGUACAGAAUUAGAGAUGGGGAGAAGAAGAAAAAAUGACUGACUUUCUUCUCCACGAAGGGCUUUUCAAAGGGCUACAUUAUGUAGAGCAGCACACAGCCAAGUAGCUCUCUCUCUCUCUCUCUCUCUCUCUCUCGUUCGUGUCCAGAGGAAGAAGCGCUCGCGCACGCUCGGUCGAACCGCGGACGAAAAACAAGCGUUGGGACCGACACGACCGAUGGAGAGGCCCGGCGGCUCGUGUGCGGUGGAGGUUAUUACGGUGGACACGUUGUGACUGAAUGGGUCCAAGGAAAAGUGGUGAGGAGGAGUGGUCGGCGGCUAUGGUUGAGUCCCAUGAAACCAACGCACACUGACUGUAAUCUGAAUGGAUGACUCUCGUUGUGCUGUGUUCGCGCUUUGUCGAUGGAUUCGCCCGUUGGCACGGCCCUGCAGGGCAGCGGCAGCACCAACUUCACGGCUGACCACUUCAGCUCCAGCUUCACCAACCAGCUGGGCAGCUCACCUGUUGUGCCAAGGGUGGUUUCCAUAGUGACCAGCCUGGUGACCACCACCACAGACGCCACAAUGGGGAACACAGGAAACAUGUCGACUUUAAGAGACCAAAGAGGGAGCGAGCUCAGCCUGUUCCAGCAGGUGUCCACCCCGUCAGUGCUGAGCGCCGCCGAGAGUAACUCCGUCCUGCAGGGCAUUACGGUAGCCACCCAGGCCCUGGUGCUCCUUUCCAUCUUCCUCCUCUCCAGUUUCGGCAACUCCGCGGUCGUUGUCGUCAUCAUCAAGCACCGACAGCUCCGGACGGUGACCAACGCCUUUAUCAUGUCGCUGUCGCUGUCCGACUUUCUCACGGCCGUCUUGUGUCUGCCGUUUUCAUUCGUCAUGCUCUUCAGCAAGGAUGGCACCUGGAUGUUCGGGGACCGUUUCUGUGUGGCCAACGGAUUUUUCAACACCUGCUUUGGGAUCAUAUCCACCCUGACUAUGACCUUGAUCUCCUUUGACAGGUAUUACGCCAUAGUCAGGCAGCCGCAGGCCAAAAUAGGGCGCCAGAAAGCGACUCAGUUGUUGAUAGCCGUGUGGGUAACUGCAGUCAUCUUCUCUCUGCCUUGGUAUCUGUUGGUGCAAACACCGCCGGAGAUCCAUAAGCGAGGCUUCUACCACUGUAUGUACGUGUUCCACUCUGGGACCUCCCGCAUGGGGACGACUUACAGCGUCUGCCUUAUCGGCGUGUGUUAUUUACUGCCCUUCUCCCUCAUGUGCUUUUGUCACUACAACAUCUGCAAGACGGUUCGUCUCUCUGAAAUCCGAGUCCGGCCAGUGACCACAUAUGCGUACUUGCUGCGAUUCUACAGUGAAAUGCGAACCGCCACCACGGUUCUGAUUAUGAUCGUCUUCAUAAUUUUUUGCUGGGGUCCAUAUUGUCUGAUGGGGCUGGUUGCGGCAAUGGGGGACUACACGUUCAACCCUGCGAUGGACACAGUGGCCAUCUGGCUAGCCUGGGCCAAUGGUGCCAUCAACCCUCUGAUCUACGCCCUGAGGAACCCCAAUAUCUCCAUGUUAAUGGGGCGGAGCAGAGAGGAGGGCUAUCGGACCAGAAACAUUGCCGCGUACCUCUCCGGCCAGACCCAGAACCGGGAUAUUCGACUCAACCAAACAGAGAGGAUAAGGGACCGCUACGUCAGUCGCGUCGGGGUGAAUAAUAACAGCCGGCUGUCCAGUUCAAGUCCCAGCAAAGGAGGAGGAGGAGGGGGAGGAGAAGUGGCAAUGUGGGCCUGUAAAAACCCUGCAGUGUUCUUCUGCCGGGACGCCCAUCCCGACACUACAACACUAGCUAACUCCAUCAGUGCCCCGAAGAUGAAGACAGCUGAUACCAGCCUGUGACAUUCUGGGAGAAGGCUUCUCCAUCUUACGAUUGUUUUUGUCUUAUCUGUAUUUGUUGUUGUGGAUCUAGAGUAUGCCAUCACAAGUUUGUUUCCGUCUUAUCUGUAUUUAUUGUUGUGGAUCUAGAGUAUGCCAUCACGAGUUUGUAAAAAAUUGUUUUGGAAACCUUAUCUUUUCCAAAUUGCUUCUUUGGAUUUGGUCCCAGGAACCAAAAGCAUACUGUUAAUUUACUAAAUAGUUUACACUAUGUCAGAAGACAAAAGUUAGCCGUUACAAUAGAAGAUGGGUUAAUGAAACUCCUUCCGGACUUUGGAGGACACCAUCAUUACACGACCACCCGUAGGACCUCGGUCGUCCCCUCAGCGGUGAAGCAUGGGAAGACGAUGGAAUAUAUUUCUGUAGAAAACCAUGAAACGUUUUUGAUUGUAUUACAAAGGUCUCUAUGUUGUUUUCAUGUGUCAACGCAGCAUGUGGAUAUGGAGAAUGGAUCUGGCUUUUCCUUCAUCUUAAACCUUCAAUACUUAAAAUAUGUACAUGUCAUUUUCAGACACCUCCAGAAAAACGCCUCCCAGUUUUAACUAUUACCAAAUCAUCGUCAAGCUAACACAAGUUACUCAAGAGAUGCAUUCGUACCAUGGACUGCUGGUUACUCUGUCCUGGAUGGUGGCGUCUGAGUUCCCUCAAAGGUCGUCAAGACUGUUCGCCAUCAGGCCGGUGGAAGGGUCACCAAGUUGAUUUGUAUGACUCAAUAAAUAAUGAUUUUGCAGCCCAGUCGCCAGAAAAGAAAACGUUGGCAUGUUUCCUGCAAACUCACAGAUACGUAGAACGUAUCGCAACCAUUAAUUCAAUUCA